AUUUUGGGGUUUCACCUAAUCAUUCAUAUAUUCUAUAAGUAUUCCUUCAUUUUCUCUGUGUCUCCGACUCAAAGCCCAUCCGAUGCCAAUCCGCUAACGCGCCGAUAAUCAAUCCUUGUCGUUUAUCUCCAGUUCACAGCUCUUUUAUCAAGUACGCUGGCUCAUGCGCCUCUCCCUCCUGCCAAUGCUGGACUCUAAGCAUUAGCAGAUCGAUUUCUUUUAAAGCGGGAGAGCUGAGAAGAGACAGUGCUCCAAAACCACCGUAAAUGGCUUUUCAUAGGCGGCGCCAUCACUAUUACAACCGCCUCCGUUCUUUGCUUCCCGUGAUAUCCGCUGUUUCCGGUGUUCUUCUCAUCCUCUUUGGUCUCCUCUCCAUUCUCACUCCUUCUCCCAUCGAUUCAGAUAGUUUUCACCACCCUGGCCAUGUCUACUCGUCAAACGUUGGAGCUGAUGUUGCAGUUGGAGAAACAGUUUUUCGUGUGCCGAGCGCUGGAGGGAGAUUGGAUUAUGAUAUUUGGACAUCAAGAAAUUCCAAAUUCUACUAUGGAUGCAGUAAUGCGACCAGGAGUUUUGCGAAUGCUGACACUAUUACCCAACGUGAUCGAUAUUUGCUGAUCGCUACAAGUGGAGGCUUGAAUCAACAAAGGACGGGGAUUACUGAUGCUGUUGUUGCUGCCCGCAUUUUAAAUGCUACUCUUGUUGUUCCAAAGUUGGACCAGAAAUCCUUUUGGAAGGAUGCAAGUAAUUUUGCAGAUAUUUUUGAUGUUGAUUGGUUUGUCAAAUCUUUAUCAAAUGAUGUCAAAAUCAUAAAAAAUCUCCCAAGAAGGGGAGGGAAAACUUGGACUCCACGUAACAUGCGUGUUCCAAGGAAGUGUAGUGAGAGAUGUUAUCAAAAUCGUGUAUUACCUGUUCUUUUGAAAAGGCAUGCAAUUCAGCUGACCAAGUUUGAUUACAGGCUUGCAAACAAGUUGGACUCACAAUUGCAAAAGUUGAGAUGUAGAGUUAACUACCAUGCUUUGAAGUUUACAAAUCCUAUUCUUGAAAUGGGCAAGACAUUAGUCCACAGGAUGAGGAUGAAAAGCAAGCAUUUUAUUGCUUUGCACCUUAGGUAUGAACCUGAUAUGUUGGCAUUCUCUGGAUGCUAUUAUGGUGGAGGUGAUAGGGAAAGGGAAGAACUGGGUGCCAUACGGAGGAGGUGGAAAACUUUACAUAUGAAAAAUUCUGAUAAGGAAAGGAGGCAUGGAAAAUGCCCUCUCACUCCAAAGGAAGUUGGUCUCAUGUUGAGAGCAUUAGGUUAUGGCAGUGACGCUCAUAUUUAUGUGGCUUCUGGAGAAGUAUACAGAGGUGAAGAAUCAUUGGCUCCCCUGAAGGCACUCUUCCCAAACUUCUAUACUAAAGAGACUAUAGCCAGAAAGGAGGAGUUGGAACCAUUUUCUUCAUUUUCUUCCCGAAUGGCUGCACUUGACUUUAUUGUUUGUGAUGAAAGUGAUGUAUUUGUUACCAACAACAAUGGUAAUAUGGCUAGAAUAUUAGCUGGACGGAGGAAAUAUUUUGGACAUAAACCUACCAUUCGUCCAAAUGCUAAAAAACUUUAUCGAUUGUUCUUGAAUGAAGGUAACAUAACAUGGGAUGUUUUUGCAUCCAAAGUCCGUACUUACCAGCGCGGCUUCAUGGGGGAGCCAAAGGAGGUUAGGCCAGGGAGGGGGGAGUUUCACGAGAACCCACACACCUGCAUCUGUGAAGAUUCUUAUGAAGCCAAGGCAAAGAAAGAAUCAGGACCCAGAAAGUAUGGGAAGGGAUAUAAUGCUACUGGAGAGGAUAGUACUAAUGAUGAUCUAAAUGUUGACGACGAGCCAGAAUUGCCUGAACCUGAUAAUGAUGGUGAUCAAGAAGGCCCUCUGGAGGAUGAUCCUUUCAAUGGUACAGGUUUGGAUUAUGAGGGAUUCAACUCUGAGGAACCAGAAUUGGAAGAAAUGGUUUCAGACUGAGCUACACUGAAUUUCUGCCUUGUGCAAUCAAUUCUUUCCAAACUUCCAUUGCUUGCUUUGGGUCAUGCUGCUGCAUAUUGUCAGUAUUGUUAACCUUGUGUAUAUAACACUGCUAUUAUAGAUGGGGGAAAAGCACCCUCAAGGGAGCAUCCUACCAUAAAUCAGCAAGAUAUGGGAUUGAGUUGAGGAUGAUAGCUUUCAUUGAGCCUUCUGCCUCUUUUGCUGUGAAAGUCAAGAAAUGGAUAUGAGGCAGGAGUUGGAUUAUGAAUUUUGGUCUAUAGAAAAUGAUCAAAAGGGUAGAUGAAAAGAGAAAAAGAAGAAACAAAAAAAAGAAAAGAAAUGAGGUGGAAAAAAGAAAAGGAUUAUUGUAGUUGAAGUGAUCUUCCAUCUUGCUUAAUUUAUUUCUUUCUUAUUUUUAUUUUUAUUUCGGUUGGGAGGAGAGGAAGGAUGAUGAAUCAAGGUUUUUCAUUUUUGUUUCACGAGUGAAAGAACUAUCCUGCGAAGCUGGACUUUUCUUGUGAACAUCAAUCUAUAUGUUGAAUCCUUAGUGCCGAACUUUGUGCGAGUUGUGUUGGGGAAAUUUACAUGAUGAAUCAAGGUUUUUCAUUUUUGUUUCACGAGUGAAAGAACCAUCCUGCGAAGCUGGACUCUUCUUGUGAACAUCAAUCUAUAUGUUGAAUCCUUAGUGCCGAACUUUGUGCGAGUUGUGUCGUGGAAAUUUACCGAGUUGUACAAAAAUCUGAAUUUUUCUUAACGAGUUAUUUAUAUGAAUAUGACGGAGGCAUGAUGUUGCUUA